AUGUCGGUUUUUCGACGUUUCAAGCUGCCACAGCUGUUGAGAAAACGAACAUCUGAUGAGAAUAGUAUUGCUAACAUACCUCGCUUUGAUUGUAAUGCACUGGCAGUGAAAGAGCGGCUUGGACAAGGUUCUUUUGGAGAUGUUUACACCGUGGAUUACAAAGCUCCAGGAAAGGUUAAUGAAACUGUGGUUAUUAAGAAAGUGUUGCCGGCUCUGGACCAAGAGGAGAAGAAACUUUUCUACAAAGAGGUAGCUCUUCUCAACGGACUGAAUCAUCCUAAUAUAGUGAAAAUGAAAGGUGUGUGCCAAAAUCCGCUCUCGAUUAUGCUGGAAUAUUGUUAUUUUGAUUUUAAGCCGUUUGGUGAAGAUGUGCGUGUCACCUCGCUUUCUGGUUUCUUGCUUCAAAUUAAUGAAUACAAGUGCCAAGGCUUCCAUGACCUGGUCAAUCAUGCAGCCGUCGAAAUUAUCCAGGGUCUAGCCUAUCUCCACUCCAAAGGAAUAGCCCAUCGAGAUGUAAAACCGGCUAACGUUUUAGUAAAUAAUAGGCACUACAGCGCGUUGUCUGACCAGGGGGAAAUUGCUCAGCAGUAUGAAUCGAGGCCGAUUGCAUGCAAGCUGACUGACUUUGGAGAAAGUCGCUCCCUAUUCACUCAAACGCAAAGCGUUCUUGCGUCAAAAACCUCUAACUUAGAUCGUGGAACGGUGGUGUACCUGGCUCCAGAAGUUCUUGUCGAGGAGCUGUGUUUAUCUGGUGCAUCUAUUUCGGAUUUAAUGCUUGCGGAUAUUUGGGCGCUGGGGAUGGUUUUGUUUUCAAUGCUAAACCCCAGCCUAAAAUGUCCUUAUUUACUUGAGAUUCGAGAGGCAGGGGGUGUUAAAUCUCAGGAGGAACUCAAAACCUUCAUCCGUUCUCUUCUUCGCGUGGGAAAACACCCUACUCCAGAUGAAACCUAUCAAGUUGAGCGUGGCACCGUGUGGUGUGCUUUAGAGGAGGUUUAUAGAGGGUGUGUCCAUUUCAACCGGCAUGGUAGAUUGUCCCUAGACAAGGCAGUGGACAUCAUGAGAAGAGAGGAAAAUGGAUACGAGGUAAUUCCUUUGAAAGUUAGCCAGUCCACUGCCGUUCAACAGUUCGAUCAGAAUUUUGCUGCCCGUCUGGAAGAAAGUGGUUGUGAGGAGCCCGUUCAACCGGAAUCUGUCCCCAGCAACGAUGGCACCAACGCAUGCGCUUUUCUAGCGGUUAAGAUAGUGGACAGAAUCCUGACGGAAAUAGGAACCGAUGGCGAAGUUUUUGCUGACAUAGCUGAUGCCGCCGAAGAAACAAUAUGGCUCUUACCUGAGAAAAUAAAUGAAUAUCGCGACAUCAGUAAAAUGUACGAUCCCCUUGAGGCAUAUGAGCUUCUUCUGGCAAAAAAAAUCAUGCAGUCUACCUACGACUUCUCGGAAGAAUUGCCCUUUUCAGAUGGUGUGUUUUCUGUUGAAGGAAGACAAAAGUUACAUUCCAAGCUCUGUGAACUUGGACGUGACAACUUUGCUGCUAUCUUCACAAGUGCGCCCUGGGUAUUGACAGUUGGAUGUUUUAACGGCAGACCAUUCUUGAUCGACACCCAUCCUGUUACUGCGAGACCUGGAACCGGUUCCGGUCUGGUGAUUGUAGGAAGAGAAAAGUCCCCGGAAGUCUGGAUGUCACUCUGCUGCUGGUUGUGGAAACGAUUGUUCAACGGAGGUGUUGAGCCUGGCACGGGCCAGUCACUGGCAGUCGUUACACCUCGCACGCAGUAAGUAACAUCCUGCUCAUAUUGUUAUGAAAGAAAAAAAAUAAUCAGAUAAACAAGUUAACAUUAUCAUAAUUAUUAAUAUUAUUGUCAUUGUUAUUUCUGUUAUUACUACUAUCAGUACUCUAUCGGUGAGCCAGAGAAUUUAGAUACUUACCAAAAUUUACCGGUUUAAAAAAGUUACAAGGGAGUAUGGGUAUCUCCCGAUGAUCAGUAUCAUUGUCACUGUCAUCAUCAUCAUUAUUAUUAUUAUUAUCAUUACUAUUAUUAGCAAGAAAUGGCCUAAUGUACCAGAUCAUAUUUCUCAGAACAACAGGCUUUUUGCUUUAGGUGACGCUACCGAAGCCACGCGGAAACGAUUGUGAGUGACCGUCAAGUUUCAGCGGGAAAAUUUGGUGAUGGUAAAGAGCGUAUAUUGUCCUGUCAGCUUUCGUAAGGGUAACGAGGGAAUCGAAAAUUACUCUCGCUCGCGCUUCUCAAGCAACGACUCCUUUUGUCAGCUUUUGUUUCCGAAUCUUAUCCCUAUUUCUUGAAACGAUCAUUAUUAUUUCUUAUUUCCUUUUUUACUUGUAGUCAAUCCCCUUGCGCAAAAACACAUUCACGACCCUUAAAGAGGGUGGCCAUGAUGGCUUCGGGCUUCGACAACGUUGACGACGCUGUCUUUCCACCCCAAAGACUCAAGUUAGUAUCGGCGACUCCACAGGAUGCCUCCACCGAAAAUCAAGGUAACAGCACUUGGUGAUUAUUAACCCGCUGGAAUACAAGCGAGCGCUAUGUUUGUACUCGUUCGAUGAAAGUUACUUCAAAUGAAUAUAACAUAAACUCAAUUUCUCAAACUCUCGUUUUCUCAAAAUUCCCCUUUUCUUGCACCAAAUAUUUUUUCCGUUGGAUCUUACUUCUCUGCAAUUUUAACCCUCAUUUCUCGAACCUACGCACUUCUACAAGCACUUUUUGUUUCCCACGUAGGUUGGAGGAAACGGUAUUUUACAGCAAUAUAAAAAUGGAAUCAUCUUUCUUUCAGGCGUUGAAGUGCUAUCAGACGAUAGUAUCUCCAGUACUGGCAAGAGAAAUGAUAAAGGUUAGUGGUUCUGUUUAUUAAACACUUUCCCUUCUUGCCUUCAUUUCGUUCAGUUAUAGGAGAUGGUGGCUUAACCUACAGACAGAAAGAUCGAGAUUUUCUACCUUACCUUUCGUCCACUGCCUUCGUCGUUCAAAGCGUUCCUGUUGCCAUGGUAGCUUAACAAAAAAAAAAGGAGGGAAGAGGGGAGGGGGGAGUUUCCUUGCUUUCUUCCACUGGUUACUUCUUUUUCUUGCUUGUCAACAUAUUGUAACAGCCUUUAUUUUUUCAAGCCACAGUUUCUGUCGAGGAAAGCCCGGACCACAAUCCAAGUGAAACGGAAGAGGUCAUUUCAGACUUUGAAGGUACAUCCAUAUCAGAGAAGAACAGAGAGGAGGUAUGUAUUUUUUACCUAACCCUUCUGCCAUCUUAUCAUCCUCAUGGAGUGUAAAAAUAUCACUUUAACGCGUUUCAUUUGUAACCUUUGCCGCGUUUAAUAAUAACUUCAUUACAAUUUCGUUUGAUCUAGCUUACAAAGUUGUUUCCGGAGAGAACAGUUAUUAACUGCUUCGUUAUAUAAGGCAGCGGGGGCCUAGGUUAAUCUGAUGAAAACUGUGUAAAGUAUCGGUCAACAUUCGCGGGUGACACUGCAAUGUUGCCCGCUCAAAUACUAUAGGCGGGAAACAGUUUUAUUGUAAGAUGCAUGUGACCUCGUUCACCCUUUAUUUUUCACAGCGCCUGCUACGCAGGCUAGGGAAAAUGAGCCCGUAGCCAUCCUUAAAGAUCGGACUCUGGAGAGCGGUAGAUUACGAGCGAGGCCUUCUUUUUUCCUCAGGGAUAGUGGAGCGCGCGAAACACCGACGUACGUAAAAGUCAUUAGGAGGGAGAAAGGCUUUCUCCUGUUGGGCCGGAUUAUCAUGCCCGCUCUACUACCCCCGAGGAAUAAUAAGGCACCACUCGAAGUCUAAGGGGACAAUGGAAAUCGCGCCUACCUCUCUACUUUUCCUCUAAAAAGUAUUAGCUGAAUCAGAGUGUGUGAUAUUUUAAAGGUUAUUUUUCAUCUCCUAUUUUUACAGAAUAGGCCCGCUGUGGACGGAAGGAAUGCUAUUACUCGGUCUACAGAAACAAAAAUAAACAAAAUAAUAAAUAUUGAGUCCUUUAAGCCAAAUCUUGUUUUCUUCUUUCCUUUACAGGAAGAAAACCGCUACUCUCGCAAAAAAAAACAUGCUGAAGACAGCGAUUCCGAUGACCAGCAACUAUACAUAAGUCCAUUUGAAGAUAACAGUAAGUUGUUUCUUUUAACGUUACUGUAACCAGCGUCGUUGGGAUAAAAUGUUAUUUGAACAAGCGCGUACGACGGUCGUGCAUGUGGCUGGAAGAUCUAUGGAUCGUUUCACCUCAGGCCACUGCGCUCCUAGGUUUUUCUUAGCCAAACUUAUACCGUACUUCGAGCAUUUUCCGUUCUUACAACGAAUCCGCCUACUCGACAGUUUUGUAUAUCCCCUUUCAACAUCAGGAAAGGGAAAAACCCUUGUGACUCUAUGUUUUAUGUCGUUUAAAAUAGUUCCGAUAUAACUAAAUAGCAAAUUAAAAUCUUCAUCCAUCUCAGUAGCGAAUAAAUGUCUUGGACCACAUAAACUACCUAUGUAAUUUUACUUUUAUUUAUGAAUGUCGGUAUAUAUGUUAUUUAUAUAAAUGGGAUUUAUAUGUACAUAAAAUUAUAGGUUUUCCUUGGGAAAGAGGGGGAAUUCGAGUUUCACAGUUGCUCAAGGAGGGGGAAAGAGGUCGCAUAGAUAUUGAAAGGGAAGCAAUACAAAACGCCCAUGCACCAACCCCCUUCCCUCAAACCAACAACUAUGAACACUCCCGAAGGUAACAGCGCAACUAUUUUCUCACGCAAAACCCGAAACAGAGCAAUUGUUCACGGUCCAAGAAGCCUUUAAAACUUUUGUAAAGUAUUUGUAUUUUCUCUGGGGAGCGGAAGGAGCUUUUGUUGAGAGUAGAAGAGUGCAAACGCCAAAAACUACGUUAUUUCAGGUUUCGCGGGACCGAGAACGUAAAGUUUGAAUCAGCUGAAAUUUUAAGAAACGAGGAUUAACAUCUAAUCUAAUGUUAUUUUCAGGUGCCAUAAAUGGCUUUCCCGUUUACAGAAGAUCAAAAGCUGGAAUCACGGCAAAAGAAAUCUUACAAUUGUGCAUUGACGGUGACCUUCCAGACAAAAACGUGUGCAAAAGAGUUCCUGUCGGUGUAACAGAAAGUGCGACUUUUAUCGUGGAUCUGGAGGCAGUUCAUUACAAAGACUUGACAGUGGAUGACAACGGAUUCUACGGAGCUCAUUCCAGUCCAACUGAGCACUUUCAGGUUUUUAUUGAUGGUCGAGGAAAAGUCAGUGCCAUGUGCAGAAUUUCCAAGCCUGACCCAGAAAGCGAGAGUGCGGUCUUUACCGCCUAUGACCACUUUGUUAUCAGAAGACAGUACAGUUGGCCAAGAAGUGACAAGAACUUUCGUCGUAUGAUAGCGAAGGUUGAAUACGGAGGGAAAUUUUUGCGGUUUGCUAUCGUACAGUAUACUGUCAAUAUGACCCCUGAUGAAGCAAAGCUGCUUUUCAGUCAGACAAAACGCCAUUCGGGAACCCAGGUGAGAACUAAACCAAGUGUUCUUGAGAGAGUGAGACAAUUGGGCGAUACGUUUAGCGCUAAGAAGAUUAUCAAUCACAUUCAAAAGGAAGCAGGGGGCGUAGUGUCGAUAUCGUCUCCAUCCGACUUUCCAAGAGAUAGACAACAAGUUUACAAUCAACUUCGACAAGUUGAGGGCAGGAAAAAAUCUCGAAGCACUGACCCAGCUAAGUCACCGGACAUUACCAAGUUGUUGUCUCUCCAGCAAGCCGGAAGAUUUAUCCGUGAUGUGAGUAUGGGUGCAAGAUCAGAUAAUAAAGGCGAGAUUCGAGCAGCAGUGAGCACGUUUGCAGCCACCAAUUACAGUAUCGGUUGGAUAAAAAGAUUUUGUCACCCGCGUUCAAGUCCAGCUUCAGUGGCUGGAGUGGAUAUGACGUACAAAUUAGGGCCCUUCUACCUCACAACAGUAACUUUCCCUAAUCCAAUGUUCGUGUACAAAAACAACGAAAGUAAACAUCCUACAACCCUGGCAGCGGUAAUGACCUCAGUGUCCAAGGAAACACGCGACUAUGAGUAUCUCGCAAGGUCAUUAAAGUCGGAAGGAUAG